CCACCGUCCACCAUCACCAUCGCUUCUUGUAAGGUGUCGGUGAUCCGCGGAAAUUCCCGAGGAGAAGGAAGAAGAAGAAGAGGGCUUCUGAACAACAGCAGGAAUAAGAUCUCCCUCCCAAAAUUUCAAAAAAACAAAAUUACCCUUCAGCAAAUCCCCAAACCCCCCUCAUAUACCCCAGUCUCUCCUCCUCUAUCUCCUCCCCCACUCUCCCUGUGUAGAAGAGCAAGAUCUUGCCCCCUUCUCUCCUCUUCCUCCUUCCAAAUAUAAAAAGUCGAAAAAGCCCUCCCGCAAAUCGCCAAAUGCCCAAAUCCCCCCUUUCUGUCCCAACAUAUUAAAACACGAAAGAGCCCUUCCAUAAACCCUCAAUUUCCCUUCAAAUCCUCCAUUUCUCCUUCUGAUUCUUUCUCCUUCCAUCCCUCCGAACCCUAGUUAUCCAGAUCCGUCCGAUCCGCCCGGCCAGUCCCGAUCCCCCACCCUCGACUGUCCGAUGGCGGCGUCCCGUCGCCUCCGCGAUCUCCAAUCCCAACCCGGCAACAAGACCUGCGUCGACUGCUCCCAGAAGAACCCACAGUGGGCCUCUGUAUCGUACGGCGUCUUCAUGUGCCUCGAGUGCUCCGGCAAGCACCGUGGUCUCGGCGUCCACAUCAGUUUCGUGCGGUCGGUCACGAUGGAUUCAUGGUCCGAGAUCCAGCUCAAGAAGAUGGAGGCUGGUGGCAAUGAUCAGCUGAACGCCUUCUUCUCCCAGUAUGGCAUCCCCAAGGAGACGGAUAUUGUUGCCAAGUACAAUACCAAUGCUGCUUCGGUCUACCGCGACCGGAUCCAGGCCCUCGCCGAAGGCCGCUCCUGGCGGGACCCGCCCGUUGUCAAGGAAUCAGCUGUUGGCGCCAAGAAGCCACCGCUGGGCCAGAGUGGCAGUAGGAUCGGCAAUUCCGGGAAUAAUGGAGGGUGGGAUAGUUGGGAUAGUAAUGAGGACGCACUGAGGUCCUCAGAUAUGAGGAGGAAUCAGUCCGCUGGAGAUUUUAGAGUUAGCAGUGGUGGGUCUGGGAGAGGGGCGCCGUCUAGGUCUAGAUCAACAGAGGAUAUUUACACACGGUCACAGCUGGAGGCGUCGGCUGCAAAUAAGGAGAGCUUCUUUGCAAAGAAGAUGGUGGAGAACGAAUCAAGGCCAGAGGGACUUCCACCAUCACAGGGGGGCAAGUAUGUUGGUUUCGGAUCGACGCCUCCGCCGACUCAGGGGAAUAAUGUGCAAGGUGAUGUGCUGAGAGACACGGUAUCGGUUGUUUCUCAGGGACUUGGCCGUCUGUCCCUCGUUGCAGCUUCUGCUGCACAAUCUGCUGCUAAUGCAGUCCAAGUGGGUACGAAGGAGCUGACUACUAAGGUGAGAGACGGUGGUUAUGACCACAAGGUUAAUGAAACUGUGAAUGUGGUCACAACAAAGACGACUGAGAUUGGCCAAAAGACAUGGGGGAUCAUGAAAGGUGUCAUGGCAAUGGCUUCACAGAAAGUCGAGGAAUACACCAAGGACGGUUGGCAGCGAAGCGACAGUGAGAGGAACAAUGGAUACUAUCAAGAGUUCGGUCAGGAGAGCAAGGGAUGGAAUUCUUCAGGCAUGUCGCAUUCAUCUAGCCAACAGUUUGGGCAGGAGAGCAAAGGUUGGAACUCUUCUGGCGGCCCACAUUCCUCAGGCCGACAAUUCGACUCUGUGAACUCUUCGAACUCUUGGGAUGAUUGGGAUAAGAAAGAUGGGAAGGAGGAAUCUGCAAAAGGCACCCAAGGUGGGGACAGCUGGGCUGGUUGGGAUGACGUCAAAGAUGACGGCUACGAUAGCUUCUACAACGGGUCGUCCAAGAAGAGCACCGAUCAGAAUGGGAAAUCGGGUAACUUGUGGACAGAGGGCGGAUUCAUCUGAGGUUAGUUGUUUGCAUGCAUGCUUUGUUUCUUCUUUUUAUUGUUAUGAUAGAGGAGUUUACAAGGGGGUAAUUGCCCAGUAAAGUAGAACUAAAGCGUUUGGCAGGGAUCGAUACUGUUAUGAUUUGGAAGUGGAAUUAUAUAUAUGGAUUUGUGGACUGUGACAAUUAUUGUUUC